AUGGACACGGAGAUGAUCUCAGCAUCAAGCGAUGAAGAUGUGGACAUGGCACGCCAUCUUGAAACGGGCUUCAAGAGAAUUGAACGCUCGUUCGCGGACAAGAAACCGUUCGCGGAGCUCGACACUGUCGACUGCGAGUUUGACGAUUUCCAACCGGAUGCUCCCUCAGACAUGACUCCAGGAACCUCAACCUACGAAACGUCGCUCUGCGAUUUAAACAAGCCCGACAAGCUGAAAGCUGCAGCGGAAGAUGCCGUUCUCGUCGACGCCACUGAAGCCCAGCUUGAGCAGCGUGAAGAUCGGAUGACCCAAAACAUGCAACACCUCGACUUGGUGGAUAAUCUACUAAGUGAUACGAAAAACAUGGAUAAAGUGGUUGAAUCCAUGCGAACGUUCCCUACUGCGUGGUCGACAGUGAUAUGCAGUGACCUAAACGAUGGAGGCGUUAACUUCUGUGAGCUCGCCGAUAUCCACCUGCUAGAUCGCAUCCUUGCCGCCAACAUGCACAACGCCAAGAUGGCCUUCCACGAACGCGUGGAGGCAUCUCAACUGCCGUUGGGGAAAACUCGCACAACCUACAUGAAGUGGCUGGGUGGAGCACUGGAUGGUCAGCCUGACCAAGUGAAAAACCAGUGGGAAAUUUUCCGCUUGCUCAGCUCCUUUGAGUUGCUGUCUCUUGUUGUCGAUGCUGAAGACGGAAUUCCACACGCCCAUGUGAAGAUGCUAUCUGAUGCUACAAUCCUUCGGCUGCUACGAUCUGCCUUAGGGCAGCAACUGCUAGAAAAGCUGCUUGAGCUGGUACCCAACUGUGGUGUGCUGGGGCGCAUUGAAAACUUGCGCAACAGCGAACGACUGCCGGAGGAAUUGCUUUCAGUGACUUUGGAUUGCCUGUCGCCCAGUGUAAUGGCGAGCACUGACAACUAA